AUGCGGUACGAGGUUGUUGGGUUCCAGCAGGCGCCGCCGACGAAGUUGUUGUAUAAAAAGUGUAGUUCGGGUCGGGUUGAUGGGUCCGGAUUUGAUGAGAGGUUAGAGGCGGCGUUGUCGUUGGUACCGAAAGGGGUUUCGAAUGGGAAGGGGUAUUAUGCUGGUGCGUAUCAGGGGGUUUAUGUGUUGGGACAGUGUGAAGGUGAUUUGGGUGGUGGUGAACGUGUGAACUGUGUGAAAAAUGCGGUGGAGAUUGGGAGGAGUGAGUGCCGGAAUUCUGUUUCCAGUCAUGUUUUUUUCUUCAGCAGUGUCAUGUUUUUCCGGUCUGUGGAUGGUGGCGGAUUAAGUGGUGGUUGA